UUCUAUUCUAAGUGAGCUAAUAGGUGGUGAUAUGUAAAUCACAUGAUUACCUGCUUUUCUACGCUUAUUUGGUGCAGGUGUAGCAAGCGGUACAGUAGUUUCUCUUCAGACUUCAUACAGCUCUUCACCUGAGUGUUGCGGUCUUUUGAAAAACAAUGGCAAAAUCUGGUCAGUUGGUGGCACUGUUGGGCCUAUGUUUCCUGGUCGCUGUGACGAACUGUCAAGACGUUGGAACUCCUCCUCCUCCUCCUCCUCCUCCUCCAUUGGGACACGAGAUUUGCCUUCACUACACACAGGGUGGAAAUGCUUUGCUGGACAUGCCACGGAUCUUUGACAUGCUGAUGAUCGAGUUCGGAAGGCAAAUCCAGACACUGAACCCUAUGCAGACUGAGCAGUGGGUGCGUGAUGUAGAUGAGGAUCAUGACAGACGCCUCAAUAUGGCUGAGUGCUCCAAACUCGUUCAGAACGUCCUGGCCAGCAUCAGAAAGCCAUAAACACACAUUCACAACACACACAAAAUGUUUUAACUAUUAAGUCAGUAUCUUAAUCUUGUUAUCUGCGAUGUAGCACUUCAACAGAGAAAUACUUAGAUUACUUAAAGAAAGUUGUAAAGAAGCAUUAAAUCUUGAACAUAAAUAAAGUUGUAGCACUGUUGUCUAA